AUGGAUAACAUUCCCCGUGUACUGAUUAUAGGGUCAGGACCCUCAGGCCUAGUCCUCGCCCUCGCAUUGGCAAAGAACGGGAUACAGACGAGGAUCAUUGAGAAGAGACAAGAACCCGCUCCUGGCCAGAGAGGAGCUGGAAUUAUGGUGGAUGCUUCCCCUAUCGUACCCCGCACACUGGAAUUGUUUGGACAACUAGGCAUUGUCGAUCAGGUCCUUGGCGAAGCAGUACCGGUUCCCCGGAUCCGAAGGUACAGGCUCUCAGAUGUCACUGAAGUAGUGCAAGAGAUCGAAAUGUCCCCUUCAACAAAGCCCUCCUCAACGACACCGUUUCCCAACCUAUUAAUGCUCGGCCAGGACCGUCUCGAGAAAAUUCUGAUAUCAGCUUUGCGAGAACACGGCGGAAAUGUGGAAUAUGGAAUCGAGAUGAAAACUCUCACCGGUAGCAAAGAAUGUGUCAACGUCAAACUGAUACACCACGGUCCAAAUAAUUCCAUCGAGGAAGAAAGCCAGUACGAUUGGGUCAUUGGCGCCGAUGGGGAGAAAAGCGAGGUCAGGAAACGAGCAGGCCUGACCUUUGACGGCGAGUCUAGAGCCGACAGCCUGUUGGUAGGUGACACUUCUGUGGAAGGAUUGGGCCCAGAGUACGUAUGCUUAAGUCUUCGGCCCACAGAGAAAGCUGGUCUGUUUAGUUUUAUUACUGGAGGAAACCAGGUGAAUUUGUCAGAGGUCGGCAGCCUCCAGCCAGGAAACUCUCCGAGAAUGCCUUGCGGAAAGAUUGCGCCACUGGCCGGGAAUUUCUUUUCUCGAUAUACCAUGGAUGUCCUUGUACCGGUGCGAGACUCGCUCAGUCUUGCCUGGAAGCUGAAUCUGGUGGUCAAAGGCCUUGCAUCCUCGGAGCUUCUAGAGUCGUACACCGAAGAGCGCAUCCCUGUCGUCGCAGAGAUGUUGAACCUAUCCACCGAAUACCUGGACAAAGCCCUCAAUCAAUGUCCCGGAGAAGGAGGGGAAUGGAGUCGAGACGGUGCACUUCAUCAACUCGGAAUCAACUAUCGCUGGAGCUCGAUCGUUCUAAGCGACAGCGGAUGCAAGAAGACCCCACCCAUCGACUCGUAUGGGAGGGUGGCAACAGAUGUGCUCCAGCCAGGUGACAGAGCACCCGACUCGUCUGGAAUAUGCCUUGUUGAAACCCGAGCAACCAUUCCUUUGGUCAUAUCGCGACUCUCUGAUGUGUACAAGACAACCCAUCAUACAGUCGUGAUUUUCACUGGGGUCGUUGACGCUAAGACAGUGCUAAUGGAGCUGAGUCGCUAUUCCGGGGUCCUCAUACAAAUUGUUGCAGUCGUUCCGUCGGAAGGAUAUACGUCUGGGAGUCUUCCCAGCACUGUGGACUUUGUAUUUACGGACACUGAUGGGCGUGUCAGUCAAACCUACACGGAGGAGGAAAGUGGACUGAUUAUUGUACGGCCAGAUGGAAUGAUAGGCGCCAUGCUCCGAUCCUCUUCCUCUGUACACGAUUAUUUCUCGGGCAUAUUUCUCCUUUCCGAUUAG